AUGGCUCAGCACUCACCAAGUCUGUCGCCCUCCCAAACCGAUAACUCUCUAAACAUGUCACCAAAUCACAUCACCCUUCAAACUCUGACCUCACUCUACAAAGAAACCACACAGGCUUUUCUACUUCGAAACUACGAUUCCGCUUAUUCCUUGUGCAUGUCUUCAAUUUCGAAACUUGCCGAAUUCCCACCGGUUACCGUUUCGCCUUCAACAAAAAUUAUACAGAUUAAAAUAUGGUGUCUUUAUAUAAAUCUCAUAGCUGCCUUGCUCGCAGAGAAACCUCCAAUAGCUACGAAGGAUCAUGAGAUUAAAAGGCUCCUGGAACGACCUUCGGAAAAGAUUUGCGAAGAGGUUUAUACCAAAAUCGUUACGACCGGAUUCAACAACGAAGAUGGGGAAAUUCCGGGCGAGAUUAUAAUUGCAUGCACGCUACUUUGUCUACACCAAAAUUGUCCCAAAUUUGCUUGUCAAGUAAUUGAAGAUUGGUACUGUUCGCUUCCUAAAUCCACGAUUGUUCAUCUCAAUCAAGAUGAUUCCAUGCUAAAGUGCUAUGAAAAAGUUGUGCAAUUAUAUGUUUUGCACGUUUUACCGAAACUCAAAGAGUGGGAUAAGGCGAGCUCUUUUCUCGCCGUAGAUCAGAUUAUCGACAAAGAACACAAGAAGGUCUAUGAACAAUCCCUUAUCAAAUUAAAAGAAAAAUCGAGUAGACCCUUAACAUCUAGAAAGUCUAAGCCAAAGAAAGAAAAAUCAAAAAGAGAAGACACUAAUGAUUAUGGCUACGAACAUCAUAGAUUGGAUUACGGCCGCACAAACAAUGUGACACCUUCAAUUAAUCAUCACAAACUUCCGAACGGAUCAUUGUCACCCGAAUUCAGGGUGCGAUCAUCCAACAUGCUCAGGAAUAAUCACAGACAAUCGAAUAUUCGUUCUUUUAUAUCAGGAAGUAAUAGGAACAUUCUGGAAAAUCGACAGGAUCUGCCGGCAACAACUGCGACGACAAUGAUAACGAACAUACAUCGUUUUAUUGAGGCUUUCGCAUUGUCUUUACAAAGGGUGGCAUCAAAAGUGUCGGUUCCAAAAAUUCUCUUACUUUUUACAGUAAUUUUCUUGAUAUCUGGCUGGAACAAAAUUAGGCGUGAAUUUUUGCUUAGAGGAAUGGCUAAAUUUUGGGAAACAGUGAAGGCAGGCACCACGAUCACAUAUUUCUAA